CUGCAACAGGGACGCGUGAAUAGAGGGCGAUGUCUUCCUCCGGUCGCUUCCACCAACCCCCUUCCUGCCGACGGCCGGCGGCUCUAGCCCAGUCUCUACGCGCGUCCACCACCACGGUGACAUGCCGGUGGCGGCAGCAGUACCAUCAUCCCCUAGCUGCUGCUCCGCUCCGCCUCCGCGCUGUGCCUGUGCGUGCCACGGACGCCGCACGCCAACCGUUCGACCAUUUGUCCGGCGCCGUUAAAAGCGAGGAGGGCACGCAUCCGCGCCUCAAGAUCGCCAUCGUCGGGUUCGGCAACUACGGCCAGUUUCUGGCGCGGACGAUGGUGCAGCAGGGGCACACCGUGCUGGCCCACUCCCGCUCCGACCACUCCGCCGCCGCGGCCACCAUCGGCGCGUCCUUCUACGCCGACGCGCACGACCUCUGCGAGUGCCAGCCCGACGUGGUCCUCCUAUCCACCUCGAUCCUCUCCGCGGAGGCCGUCCUCCGCUCGCUCCCCGUCCACCGCUUCCGCCGCAGCACCCUCUUCGCCGACGUCCUCUCCGUCAAGGAGUUCCCCAAGAACCUCCUCCUCGCCUACCUCCCGGGGGACUUCGACGUGAUCUGCACCCACCCCAUGUUCGGCCCGGAGUCGGCCCGCGACGGCUGGGCCGGGCUCCCCUUCGUCUUCGACGAGGUCCGCGUCGGCGACGGCCCGGCCCGCCGCGCCCGCGCCGACGCCUUCCUCGACGUCUUCGCGCGCGAGGGCUGCCGCAUGGUGGAGAUGUCCUGCGCGGAGCACGACGCGCACGCCGCCGAGACGCAGUUCCUGACGCACACCGUCGGCCGGAUGCUCGCCACGCUGGACCUCAAGUCCACGCCGAUCAACACCAAGGGAUACGAGACGCUGCUCCGCCUCGUCGACAACACCUGCAGCGACAGCUUCGACCUCUACAACGGCCUCUUCAUGUACAACAACAACGCCACGGAGCUGCUCCACCGCCUGGAAUCCGCCAUGGACUCCGUCAAGAGGAGGCUCUUCGACGGCCUCCACGAGGUGCUCAGGAGGCAGCUCUUCGAAGGCUCGCCGCCGUUGAACAGGGAUUCCUCUUUCCCAGCCGAGUCAUCGUUGGAUGACGGACGGUGAUCUCGACCCCUGACGGCGAUGAGUCGGCAGAAUAAUUGAUCGUGCUUUAUACCCUGACAUGGAUUGCUGCCGUACCUGGUCCUUUUUUCCUCCUCUGUCACUGACAUGACAAGGUGAUGAAUCGUGUCGUGGCGACCAACAAGCGGUACGAAUCCGGUGUAUUGCGCAUUGGUUGGACAUUUUUGACUUGUAUAUCAUCGCGUCGGUGUUGCUGCAGUUUAAAACUUCUGCAUGUUUUCACAGUUCCGUUUCGAAUAACCAUGAUUGUGGGUGUCAUUUUCGAUUUUGUCGAUCGAAGUUUGUUGUUCCAGUUAGGAAUAACCACGCACAACGCCCCGAUGUAUCCUACUGUAUCAACGAACUUGGAUGAAAUAAAUCCAUGACACACACAA